UAAAUUGUUGUGGAUGGGAACCUUCUCUGCACCCUCUACCUUCCACAUGACCCCACUCUCCCUGUUUCAUCGGCUCCCGUGAAGAUACGUAACACUCUCUAAUACUCACUGACAGCAUGGCGUCCACUGCCCAGAUUCUGGCCUUUAAGCUCUCCCCACCCUCUCAGGAUGGGAGUCCAGAGCGUCUGUUCAGCUGUGAUGAGGACAUUGAACGGCGCUAUGAGGUGGUCCCGUCUGUCGUCUGCUCCAUGUGUUGCCUGUUUGGCAUCAUCUACUGCUUCUUCGGGUACCGCUGCUUCAAGGCUGUAAUGUUUCUCACGGGUCUGAUGUUCGGUUCCAUCAUCAUCUUCAUGCUCUGCUAUAAGGAGAGGGUCAUGGAUACUCAGCUCAGUGUGGAGGCCAGUGUGGGCAUAGGCCUGGGCAUUGGCACGUUGUGUGGUUUGGUCACUAUGCUGGUCCGCAGCGUGGGGCUUUUCAUGGUUGGACUUCUCCUGGGUUUACUGGUGGCCCUGGCAUCUCUGGUGGUUCUGGAGGAGUUUUAUCACCCGAGGACAGUGUGGCUUCCCCUGGGUGUGCUGCUGGGCUCGGGAAUGCUGUUUGCUGUGCUCACGUUGCAGUGGCAGCGCUGUUUCACCACCCUGUCCACCGCCGUCUUCGGAUCAGCUGUGGUGACUGUGACUGUGGAUUAUUUUGUCGAGCUCUUUGCUUUAACGCGGUAUAUCUAUGAGAGGGUGAAGGUGGAUCCGCCUCGCACAGUGUGUUGGUUCACAUGGGUGGUCAUGGGUGUUUGGCCCGUGCUGGCGCUGCUGGGUGUUCUUAUUCAGUGGAAGGUCACGGCUGAAGGAUAUUCACACACAGAAGUCUUCAUCAGUCACCAGCAGAGACGAGUGCAGUUAAUGCGAAUUCGUCAAAAGGAAGAAAGAAGGGAAUGCCAAAAGAAAAAGAAGAAAAAGCCACAGAAACAGUCGCCGCAGCAACAGAAGUACCACCACCCCCUUCAGACCAACCCUCAUCCCCCAAACCCUCCUCCCAAACUCCAGCCUCCGGAGCCCACCCACUGCCGGAAACCCAACACCAUUCGCCGCUUCGAUGGAGAUGUACUUUCUCCAAGUUACAUCCAGAACUUCCGUGACAGACGUACGGACAGGAGGGGCUACUCUCAUGACAGGUUGAUUGGCGGCUCACAUGUUGUAGAUUUGGACUAUGACUACGGCUCCCAAGUGCCCCUAACAGCCCAUACAGGCCCCGCAGUGAGAGGUUGACCCUGUACCUUUUAAUGAACAGGAAUUGCACUGCACAAACCAUUCCGAGAACCGAAAACUUUGUG